AUGUCUAUUACAAAGAUUCACGCCAGAGAGAUCUUUGACUCCCGUGGAAAUCCCACUGUUGAGGUUGAUCUUUAUACUGCGAAAGGUCUCUUCAGAGCUGCUGUACCCAGUGGUGCAUCAACUGGUAUCUAUGAGGCUCUGGAGCUCCAGGACAAUGAUAAGACUAGGUAUCUGGGGAAAGGUGUCUCAAAGGCUGUUGAGCACAUCAAUAAAACUAUUGUGCCUGCCCUGAUUAGCAAGAAACUGAAUGUUGUGGAACAGGAGAAGAUUGACAAGCUAAUGAUUGAGAUGGAUGGAACUGAGAAUAAAUCAAAAUUUGGUGCCAAUGCCAUUCUGGGAGUGUCUCUUGCUGUCUGCAAGGCUGGAGCCGUUGAGACGGGGGUCCCCCUGUAUCGGCACAUUGCUGACUUGGCCGGCAAUUCUGAAGUCAUUCUGCCAGUUCCCGCUUUCAGUGUCAUCAGCGGUGGCUCUCAUGCUGGCAACAAGCUGGCUAUGCAGGAGUUCAUGAUCCUCCCUGUCGGAGCAGCAAGCUUCAAAGAAGCCAUGCGCAUCAGGGCUGAGGUUUACCACAACCUGAAGAACGUCAUCAAGGACAAGUACGGCAAGGAUAUCAAGACAGGUGCACCUUGCCGAUCUGAGCGCUUGGCCAAGUACAACCAGAUCCUCAGAAUUGAAGAGGAGCUGGGCAGCAAGGCUCGGUUUGCUGGCCAGAAGUUCAGAAACCCUCUCGCCAACUAA